CGGAUGGGAGAAAUAGCAGCAAAAAUUGCUUAUUACAAUUUUGAUUGGCGUUACAUCACUUUGGUAAUGUUCAAUGCAUUUCAAUAUACAUUAGCAUUGGGAACGUUUUUAAAAAUCUAUAAGCAAUCGGUUAUUAUAAAACUAGGAAAAUAUAUUCCUCGUAAUCGUUUCCCUGUACCACAAUUUGUGAUUUUUGGUCAAAAUUCCAUUGAAAUAGUGGAAACUGUAAUGUGGCUUGAUAAAAAGAAUUAUGAUAACGCCGGAAAAUACAUUAUUAUAUGUACGGCAGAUGAUUAUGAAAAAUGUGAUGAAAAUCAAAUUUUUUCAACUCUGGCGAAAGUUAGAAUUAUAAACGUUAUAUAUAUGAGAGAAGAAAGCCCGGAAGAUUUUGUUUCAUUUUCAUACGAUAUCGUUCACCCAGGGAAAUGUAUAAACAGUGAACCCUAUAUUGUUAAUGUUUCUGAGAAUUGUUUAGAAGAUGAAUGCUAUAAAACCGUAUUUCCAGAGAAAUUAAAUAAUUUCAACAAGUGUUCACUCCUUGUUUCAACGUUCGAGCAACCGCCGUUUAUGUAUUUGAGCAACGAUACUCUAGAACCUUCUGGAGGUGACGGGGAUAUUUUAAGAAUUGUGGCUAAUGCUUUAAAUGCUACGUUAGAAAUAAAGUUACCGGAGGAAGGAAAUGAUUGGGGUCAAUAUGAUAAUGGCAAUUGGACUGGCUCUUUAGGUGAUGUUUUUAACGAUCGCGUUGACGCAUCGAUGUGUUCGCUUCCUGUAACCGCUGAUAAGUACGGAAAUUUUCAAAUAUCCUUUGUAUAUAACUCAAUGGAUAUAGUUUGGACUGCAAAACUGCCUGUACAAAAACCAGCUUGGCAGAAACUUUUAAAUCCAUUGGAAACCAAUUUAAGAAUCGUAUUAUUUUUUACAUUUGUUGGUAUCGUUUUUAUUAAUUCCUUAAUGACUUUGAAGAAAUGGGAAAGACUUCGAAAAAUUUUCAAGAUUGGACCAACAAGAUUUAGCCUAUUGUUUUAUUCGUGGGCAUUAUUUUUAGGAAUACCAAUAUUAAGAAAUCCGUCGAAUCGUCAGUUCUUGUUAGUUAUGUACAGUUGGAUAUGGUUUAGUUUUGUUAUUAAAAAUGCUUACCAAGCAGCACUAAUAAAUUCACUAAAAAAACACAAUUACGAAGAAUAUUUUACAAGUUUUAAAGACGUAUUAAAAGGUAAAUAUCCAUAUGGUGGUCUAGCGAAUUUAAGAGAUUAUUAUGCUGAUGAUAACUAUAUUUACGAUAAUUGGGAAACUAUGGAAUUCGACCAGGCUUAUCAGUUUCUAGAUGAAAUAUCAGAAGGAAAAUCUGAUUUCGUAUUAGCGUUCAAUAAAGAAAUAAUUGUCGAACAUUUAAUUGAUUAUAACGGUGCUAGGCAUUUGCAAAUUUUACCUGAGAAAAUUGUGAAUAGUCCAACAGUCAUGUUUUUUAAGAAGCAUUCAGUGUUAGCACAACCAGUCAGUCGUGUUCUAAGUAUUCUAGUGGAAGCUGGAUUUUGUCAACUAAUGCACGCGAGAUAUUUAAGGCAUAAAAAACAUUUAUUUCAAUUAACAAUAAAAAAUGAGAAUGUGCCGCUUACAUUAGAAAAUUUUAAUGCUUGUAUGUUGUUAUUGGUUUUUGGUUGGUUUUUGUCUGUUAUAUUUUUUGUUGCUGAAGCAUAUUGUGGUCGACUCCAAGAUAAUGAGACUUAA